GCUUUAGGGAGUGGACGGUGAUUUUUUUUUCUUAUUAUUUACUUGACUUCCCAUCCCAACUUUUCCCACCUCAGCUCGUACAGUUUUGUGGUAACCGUCCCGGAUUAAACUAUCGCUGCGACGAUGGCUUCCUCGCCUCAGAAGUCUCCGUCUUCACCGAAGUCUCCGACGCCCAAAUCCCCGUCGUCCAGAAAGAAAGAUGACUCUUUCCUCGGGAAACUUGGUGGGACUUUGGCAAGAAGGAAAAAGGCUAAAGAAGUGUCUGAGCUUCAGGAAGAGGGGAUAAAUGCCAUCAACCUUCCCCUCAGCCCUUCCCACUAUGAGCUGGACCCUGAGGACACCAUGCUAGAGGAGAAUGAAGUGCGCACCAUGGUGGACCCCAACUCCAAGAAUGACCGCAAACUGCAGGAGCUCAUGAAGGUGUUGAUCGACUGGAUAAAUGACGUACUGGUGGGGGAGAGGAUCAUUGUGAAGGAUCUGGCUGAAGAUCUGUACGAUGGACAGGUCCUGCAGAAACUAUUUGAAAAGCUGGAGGGUGAGAAGCUGAACGUGGCAGAGGUGACCCAGUCGGAGAUUGCCCAGAAACAGAAGCUGCAGACCGUUCUGGAACGCAUCAAUGACUCACUCAAACUCUCCACCAGGAACAUUCGCUGGAAUGUUGACUCGGUUCAUGCUAAGAGUAUAGUUGCCAUCCUGCACCUUCUGGUGGCGCUGUCGCAACACUUCAGAGCACCAAUCAGAUUGCCAGACCACGUUUCUAUUCAAGUAGUGGUCGUCCAGAAAAGAGAGGGCAUCCUUCAGUCCAGACAGAUUCAAGAGGAGAUCACAGGCAACACAGAGGCUUUCUCUGGCAGACAUGAGAGAGAUGCUUUUGACACCCUGUUUGACCAUGCGCCAGAUAAACUGAAUGUUGUCAAAAAGACAUUGAUCACAUUUGUGAACAAACACCUGAACAAGCUCAACCUUGAAGUGUCUGAAUUGGACACACAGUUUGCAGACGGUGUUUAUCUGGUAUUGCUGAUGGGGCUGUUGGAGGGCUACUUCGUGCCACUCUACAACUUUUUCCUCACGCCGGAGAAUUUUGACCAAAAGGUCCACAAUGUGUCCUUCUCCUUUGAACUGAUGCAGGAUGGAGGUCUGGAGAGACCAAAGCCCCGACCAGAGGACAUAGUGAACUGCGACCUGAAAUCGACACUGCGCGUCCUCUACAACCUCUUCACCAGGUACCGGAACGUAGACUGAGCGCCAUUUGUAGCAAGAGGGAACACUUUAUACCAUGGACCACAUUAAAGCUUAAUAAUAUGUUUUUCCUUCUAUUUGUUAUAGAAAUCUGUCUUUAUUUGAAUGCAUGCAUCACAUUUUGUCCACCACAAAUCAAUAUAUAUUGUCUUUUAUAUUUCUGCAGAGACGUUUGGCUUGCGUGCCACAAAAUGCUUGUUUUUUUUAUUGUGAAUUGGGCGUUGCUAUACAGCCCUGCAGACAUCUGUGAACUCAAUAAGAUUUCAGUUCAGCCAUAGAGGUAAUUCUGUAAAGAUUUUUGUCACCCUGCAUUGAUAGCAUGAAGAGGAGAUUUUAGAUGAACAACAUUCGUACCUUUUAAUUCAGAAAAGAAAAAAGUUUAACUGCAUUUAUUGUACAUUUUGAUACGCUCGUUCUUGCUUUUCCAGCCACUGCGUUUUCUUCUCUCUGCUCUUGUUUGUCAUUCAUAAGUGCCUUUAUUUAAACGUGAACACCGUCAGCUCCCGAUACUCCAUAGUGGGAUGCAUGUGCUCCCCAGUCGUCUUAACGCUGCAGAUUUCCUUUGCAUGUGUGGAGGAACAUUUGAAAUAUUUUGACCAAAGCUCUGUUGUAUUCACACUGUAAAAUGCAUAAAGGCUUUACUCAGCAGCCAUUUUCUUUCUAGUGUUUUCUAUUGUCGCAUGUGUCUUAUUUUAUGUUGUAGGUGCAUCGUUACAAAGUCACCCUGCCUGUCAUAGCUUCAGACAUUAUAUACAUCAUAUUUUAAUACACAUUCGAUUUCACUCCUUUGUGCAAGACACAUGAAAUAUUGACUGAAUAUAUCAAAUGUAUGUUGUGUUCUACUUUCAAGGCAAUUUCACUUCUUUGAACAAGUGCCAUAACAGUAUGUGGUUCAAGCUGCAAACACGUUUGCUAUAAUGCAUCUAUUUAUGUUUUAAUGCAUUACAUUCAAUAAAUCCUUCAGUCCCUGAA